AUGCCGACAGAAUGCAAAUACUUCCCUGAAGAAUGUUGGGAACAGAUAUUCAGUCGUCUCCCUCACCAAUCUGACUUGGAAUCAGUUUCUUUAGUAUGCAAGCAAUUUCUUGCUCUCACCAAUCGUAUAUGCCUCCAUUUGUCUGUAAUACACCACGAUACCCUCUCUAAACUCAUUCACCGGUUUCCCAAUCUUAUUUCUAUUGAUCUUAGUGAUUUCCACAGUGAUCUUGAUCUUAUUCUCUUUGAGCUUGCCAAUUGUGUCUCCUAUAUACCCAAUCUACGACAACUUGACUUCUCUAGACAGAUUAAAUUACCCAUUGAGGGGUUGAAGGAAUUGGGGCGUAAAUUUAAGGGUUUGAGGGUUUUCAAGUGUAGAAAACUUGCCAUUAUAAAUGACUCUUAUUUGAAUACUAUAGCAGAGUCAUUUGCGUUUUUGGAAGAACUUGAUAUUAGCUAUCCACGGCCCUUUGAUAGACCUCCAAACCCUAGCGAAUUGGACUUGACUGAUUCUGGGAUUGAGUUUCUAUCGGUUAAUUUGACGAAUAUGCGUAAGAUCAAUAUUUCUGGGAAUUAUCGUAUUACUGAUAGGUCCCUUGUUGCUCUGUCUAUGAAUUGUUUGAAUUUACAAGCCAUUCAGGUGGAGGAUUGCGCUUUGCUUACUUUAAAAGAGGUCCUUUCUAUGCAACGUGCUUGUGCUGCUUUGAGUUGGAUUUCAGUCUCAAAUAUUCACAAUGGUCUAUCAAGUUCCGGUUUUAAAUGUUUGACUACUUCUAGUCGAGCUUUACAGACACUUGGAAUUUCUAACUCGAUUAUUUCAGAUGAAUUACUCUUCUUGUUGGCCAAGGCCUCUCUCCCUCUGUAUAAGCUUUCGCUUUCUUGGUAUUUCUUGACUGAUGAGUCUAUAAAUGAUUUAUCUCAAUAUCUACAAAGUCUUGUUACCAUUUAUCUCAGCAAUUGUGUGAAAUUGAGCAUUUCUACGUUUUUCACGCUUGCAACAAAUUGCCCUUCACUAGAAGAUGUUUGCAUGAAGAAUAUUCGUUUGAGGGUGAAAGAUUGUUUUCAUAAUGGUGCGAAGAACCCAAGAAUUAGGACUGUUAAUUUGCAGCGUAACUCGUACCUGGAUGAUGACUCUCUCACAAAAAUUGCUUUAAUGUGCCCCAAUAUGGAGAGUCUCUAUGUGUGCUUGUGUAGAAGUGUUAUAGAGGCAGGUAUUGCUUCUGCUCUUGAGGUGUGCAAUCAUAUCAGGAACUUGGAAUUUGUUGGAUGUCCAUUGAUUAAACAUAUAGGAAAUGGCGCUGAACUGCCUAAUCUUGAGGUAAUCAAUGCAGCUGAUUCAACAUUAAGUGAUGAAGGCCUGGCCAUUAUUGGGAGCAGAUGUUCUCGCCUAUUGAAGUUAAACUUGCAUAAUUAUGAAGGAGUGACAAUAGAGGGCAUACAGGCUAUGGUAAAAAAUUGUACAUCAUUGAGAGAGAUAAACUUGAAGAGGUGUGUUCAAGUCAGUGUUAAUUCUCUAAAUAGUAUAGUAUCUUUUUCUUCAUCACUGAGGAGAGUUUUUCCGCCCAAAUCUGAUGGUUUUCAUGAUAGCUUGAGGGGAUUUUCCUGGCACAACGGAUGUCUAGUUUCAUCGAGUUGUAAAAUGUCUUUUGAACUGAUUACUUUGAGAUUUUACCAAGGUGGACUUUUAAAGGGUAAGGGUAAAGAAAGAUAUGUUGGGGGAGAGGUUACUGAUAUUUAUGAUGUGGACAUAGAUAAAUUUCCUACUUUGAAUUGA